CGGGUUGCUGGAUGGCAUGGACGUCGUCUGAGGACGGGUUGGUUAUCCUUGGAUAACAGUGUGUCAAAUACUGACAAGACAACAUAUUAGCAUAAUAAUGAAAAUAUUUUACAAUAAAAUCUUACAAUAUGGCUCAUGAACAUAGAGAAAACUCGCUUUUUGGGAAGUUUCAAGUUGAAACUUAUUUACCCGCUUCACGCUCAUGGGCAGCUUGGCGGGAAGAACUGUUGUCAGGUGGCUGGCAACGACACUUGCCAGUCAGUUGUCUUGAUGCCGUCAAGACUCCCGGCAGGUGUCAAGUAUUUGCGGUCAUUUCUUUAAUUGAUUCGUCAAAUGAUACGUUUUUAACGAUUGUUGUUCUAAUAGGAAGCGUUUAGGUUCUGGGAAGAAUUUCUGCUUAUGUAUUGGUGCAAAUAAUAUCUUCAAGGCACUUAAGGCUUUGAACAUGGUUCACAGUUUUGUUCCACUUGCAAAUAGUUCAACUGAAUAGGAACAAAGAUUCUCGCUGACGGAACUGUUAUAUUCUGUUGCUGUUAAUACGCGCACUUCACGUGAAUUGAUUGUGAUCUAAUCCUCGAAAUCAAACUUUUUAAAAGCCUUUUGUUGCCUUUAAAUUUACUAGUUAAGCUUGUCUUUCAAAAGCCUGGAAAAAUUAUCCGGCAAUUGUUGGACCAUCUGGUGUAGACCUCCUGUGAACUAUGGCGCCUGUCACCCACGGCGAUAACACGUUCUGCAAGACGGCGCGUCACGUGACCAAGAUGGCCUUGAACAAGGUGUCUCAGACGGCAAUUAAGAAAGCGGUUAACGCUGGGCGUCGUGGAGGGUCCAGCAGCUGUGGUCUGAAGCGGAUGGUUGACCAUGGCAUCCAGACAGUAGGUGAAGCGGGCGGCUUGAAGUCCUUCCUGAAGGUGGGGUUGGCCAAGGUUAAACACGACGGGGUUAAGAAGGUGGCCAAGGACUUGCUGCAGAUGGCAACCAAGGAAAUUUUGGGAGCGUUCCCAGCUGGUGUGGGCGUGGCUCUGACGGCAGAUGGGUCUCUCCACUUGAUGAUAGGAGAGCCGUCACACGCUGGCACGGUGCCACAGACGCACAGGGAGGAAGAUGCGUCUUUCCGGAAGUUCGUAAAGACUGAAGGAGGUGUGACCAGCCGUCAUGAAGCGACCCUCCGCGUGCCCCGGGUCUCCUCUACCCUGGCCCGACAUCCGCUCCACCUUCCACCCAGAACUCCUCAUUUUCCAGACUGUUCCUGAUCAUAUCUUACUUUAAAUGGCUUGAGAGUUGUGGCUUUAAUUUUAAUUAAUAAAUUUAAUUUUUUA